AUGUUAAAAUCUGAUUACUUGAGUUCUAUCUGGAUCUGUUUUAUCAAGGAGGAAAUAUUUUUGAUUGAAAUAAUGUCGGAGGGCACGGAUUUAAAUGGAAAUGGCCAAAAUGGGUUCAAUUCAAACGCGAAAUCCUUUAAAAUUUUCAUAGGUUAUGAUUCGCGGGAGGAUGUUGCAUAUGAAGUUUGUCGCUACUCCAUACUGAAAAGAACCUCAAUCCCAAUUGAGAUUUUCCCCAUUAAGCAAUGUGAAUUGCGCCAAAAGGGGAUUUACUGGCGUGAAAGGGGGAAUUUGGAGAGCACUGAAUUUUCUUUCUCGAGAUUCUUAACCCCAUAUUUGGCGAAUUACCAUGGUUGGGCCAUGUUCGUGGAUUGUGAUUUCUUGUAUUUAGGUGAUAUUAAGGAAUUAUUUGAUUUGAUUGAUGAUAAGUAUGCAAUAAUGUGUGUACACCAUGAUUACACGCCUAAAGAGGCCACCAAAAUGGAUGGAGCAAUUCAGACUGUGUACCCAAGAAAGAAUUGGUCAUCUAUGGUUCUGUACAAUUGUGGGCACCCGAAAAACCUGGUGCUAACACCUGAGGUGGUGAAUAAGGAGACGGGGGCAUUUCUGCACAGGUUUCAAUGGUUGGAGGAUAACGAGAUUGGGGACUUACCAUUUGUCUGGAAUUUUCUUGUGGGGCAUAACGCGGUUGUUGUGGGUGAUCCCGGAACAUACCCUAAGGCUAUACAUUAUACACUUGGAGGGCCGUGGUUCGAGAAGUGGAAGGACUGUCAGUUCGGGGAUUUGUGGUUGAAUGAACUGAAGGAGUACAAGAAGAGCGUGGAGAAGGUGGACGAGGUGAAAUGA